AUGAAAAGCCAUAUUUUGUUGGCUAUGAUUGGAACCUUUGCUGUUAUGGUUGGAGCCCAGAGUCAAGAAGGUUUCAUAAGCUUUGAUUGCGGACUUCCUAUUGAGGAAUCUCCUUAUAGUGAUCAGUCUACUGGAUUAACAUUUACAUCGGACUCUACAGUUAUACAGACGGGUAAAAGUGUCAAACUUGAUACCGACAUCAUGGCAAGAUUGGAAAAACCUUAUUUGACGACACUAAGAUAUUUUCCGGAAGGGAAACGUAACUGUUAUAGCCUGAGUGUCAAGCGUGGCACAUAUUAUCUCAUCUCGGUUAAUUUCGUAUAUGGAAAUUAUGAUGGUCUUAAUGUUUAUCCAAAUUUCGAUCUCUAUCUUGGUCCUGAUAAGUGGGCAAUCAUAGAUUUGGAAGGGAGACAAAACGGUACAAACGAGGAGAUCAUACACAAAGUUAUGUCAAACUCUUUGGAUCUUUGUCUUGUUAAGACAGGGGCAUCAGCGCCAGUGAUAUCAACCAUAGAACUACGGCCACUGAGAGAUGAUAUUUACCUCACGCAAUCGGGCUCACUCAGGACGUCUUUCCGGAUCUAUUAUAGCAAUUCCCACAAGAAGAUAAGGUACAUUGAUGACGUCUAUGAUCGUGUUUGGACUCCAUUCUUCAGCCCUUCAUUUACGCAGAUAACAACUAGUCUCAAUAUAAACAGUUCUGAUGCAUUCGCGUUAUCAAGAAGUGUACUCGAAAGUGCUGCCACGCCUACAAACGCUAGUAAGCCACUGGUCAUCACCUGGACACCCCAACCCUCCGAUGUUGAAGUGUACUUAUACAUGCACUUUGCCGAGAUAGAAAUCCUCCAAGCCAACGAGACUAGGGAAUUCAACGUUAUCUUGAAAGGAAACUUUAAUCAUUCAGUUGUUAAACUACCCAAGCUAGAGAUUCAUACAGUAUACACUGAUGAACCAGUACAUUGUGGUUCUGACGGCUGCAAUUUACAGUUAGUCAAAACUCCGAACUCAACUCUUCCACCUUUGAUCAACGCUCUCGAGGCAUACACUGUUAUUGAAUUCCCACAAUUGGAAACAAGCCCAAGUGACGUUACUGCUAUCAAAAACAUCAAAGCUACAUAUCGUCUAAGUAAAAUCAGCUGGCAAGGAGAUCCGUGUCUCCCUCAAGAAUUUUCUUGGGAAAAUCUAAGAUGCUCUUACAUAAAUACCAUCACCCCACCAAGAAUUGUUUCCUUAAAUUUGUCAGCAAGUGGAUUAACUGGAAGCAUACCUCUAAAUUUACAGAAUCUAACCCAGAUAAAAGAACUGGACUUGUCCAAUAACAGCUUGACUGGACAUGUACCUGUUUUUCUUGCCAAUAUUAAGUCACUGUCUUUGAUAAACUUAAGUUGGAACAAUCUAAGCGGUUCAGUUCCUCAGCCUCUGCUUGAUAAAGAAAAGGAAGGACUUGUGCUGAGACUUGAAGGAAAUCCAAAUCUAUACAGAUUUACUUCGUUCAGCCCAAAACAGAAAAAGGGGUUCUUGCUACCGGCUAUUGCAUCGACUGCUUCUCUGCUUGUUUUAGUGGUGGUUGUGGCUCUUAUUAUUUUUUACCGAAAGAAGAAGAUGCCUUCAAACGCUCCACCGAGUAUGCCCAUAGCCGAUGAUGGGAACACUAGCCAGUCAAAAACUUAUUUUCCAUCGGAAAAGAUUAGGUUUACUUAUACCGAGGUUCAAGAAAUGACAAAUAACUUGGAAAGAGCUCUUGGCGAAGGAGGGUUUGGAGUCGUUUAUCAUGGUUGUGUCAAUGGUACCCAACAAGUGGCUGUUAAAUUGCUAUCUCAGUCGUCAUCUCAAGGCUAUAAACAUUUCAAGGCAGAGGUGGACCUGCUCAUGAGAGUUCACCAUAUAAAUUUGGUGAGUCUUGUUGGGUAUUGUGAUGAAGGAGACCACUUAGCCCUCAUCUACCAGUACAUGUCAAAUGGAGACUUGAAGCAACAUUUGUCAGGAAAGCAUGGAGGAGUCGUCCUCAGCUGGGAAAGCAGACUAAAAAUAGCAGUGAAUGCAGCUCUAGGAUUGGAGUAUCUGCACACUGGAUGCAAACCACCAAUGGUUCACAGAGACAUAAAAUGUACAAAUAUACUUUUGGAUGAACGUUUACAAGCUAAAUUAGCCGAUUUUGGGCUUUCGAGAUCUUUUCCUAUUGGAAGUGAAACAUAUGAAUCAACAGCUGUUGCUGGAACUCCAGGCUAUCUUGAUCCUGAGUAUUAUCACACAAAUCGGCUGACAGAGAAAAGUGAUGUAUUUAGUUUUGGAAUUGUUCUGUUAGAGAUCAUCACAAACCGUCCUGUAAUUGACCAUUCCCGUGAUAAGCCCCACAUAGCCGAAUGGGUUGAGUCUAUGAUAAGAAAGGGUGAUAUUGGAAAUAUUAUGGAUCCGAACCUCCACCAAGAUUAUGACAUUGGCUCUGUCUGGAAAGCUAUUGAAUUAGCGAGGACAUGUGUGAGUCUUAUUUCAACAAGAAGACCAAACAUGUCUCGAGUUGUUAAUGAUCUAAAAGAGUGUCUGAUAUCUGAAAACUCAAAGUCAGGAGAUAGUCCCGGAAUGAACUCGAUGAGUUCUAUCAAAUUGAGCACGGAUAUUGACGAGACGGAUAUGAUACCUAAAGCACGCUAA